CUUCCGGAGCCCGCGGACAGCAUGGCGGCGUUGGAGGAGCACGGUUCACCGGCCGAAGCGGCCCAGACGGCGGUAGGGGAGGAGGAAACGAAAACAUUUAAAGACCUGGGUGUGACAGAUGUGUUGUGUGAAGCCUGUGACCAGCUGGGAUGGACAAAGCCCACCAAGAUCCAGAUUGAAGCUAUUCCUUUGGCCUUACAAGGUCGUGAUAUCAUUGGGCUGGCGGAAACUGGCUCUGGGAAGACAGGGGCCUUUGCUUUGCCCAUUCUGAACGCACUGCUGGAGACGCCCCAGCGUUUGUUUGCCUUGGUUCUCACCCCCACUCGGGAGCUGGCCUUUCAGAUCUCAGAGCAGUUUGAAGCCCUGGGGUCUUCCAUUGGGGUGCAGACUGCUGUGAUUGUAGGUGGAAUUGAUUCGAUGUCCCAAUCUCUAGCCCUGGCGAAAAAACCGCAUAUAGUAAUAGCAACUCCUGGUCGCCUGAUCGACCACUUGGAAAAUACAAAAGGUUUCAAUUUAAGAGCCCUCAAGUACUUGGUCAUGGACGAAGCAGACCGAAUACUGAAUAUGGACUUUGAGACAGAGGUUGACAAGAUCCUCAAAGUGAUUCCCCGCGAUCGGAAAACGUUUCUCUUCUCUGCUACCAUGACCAAGAAGGUGCAGAAACUCCAGCGAGCAGCACUGAAGAAUCCUGUGAAAUGUGCCGUUUCCUCUAAAUACCAGACGGUUGAGAAGCUACAGCAGUAUUACCUUUUUAUUCCUUCUAAAUUCAAGGAUACGUACCUGGUUUAUAUUCUAAAUGAACUGGCUGGAAACUCCUUUAUGAUAUUCUGCAGCACCUGUAACAACACUCAGAGGACAGCAUUGCUACUCCGGAAUCUUGGAUUCACUGCCAUCCCCCUCCAUGGACAGAUGAGUCAGAGCAAGCGCCUAGGAUCCCUUAAUAAGUUUAAGGCAAAGGCUCGUUCCAUUCUUCUAGCAACUGAUGUGGCAAGCCGGGGUUUGGACAUACCUCAUGUGGAUGUGGUUGUGAACUUUGACAUUCCCACUCAUUCCAAGGAUUACAUCCAUCGAGUAGGUCGAACAGCUCGGGCUGGGCGCUCUGGAAAGGCCAUCACCUUUGUCACCCAAUACGAUGUGGAGCUCUUCCAGCGCAUAGAACACUUAAUUGGGAAGAGACUGCCUGUUUUCCCAACUCAGGAUGACGAGGUUAUGAUGCUGACAGAACGUGUGACUGAAGCCCAAAGAUUUGCCCGAAUGGAGUUACGGGAGCAUGGGGAAAAGAAGAAACGCACGCGGGAGGAUGCUGGGGACAAUGACGAUACAGAGGGUGCCAUCGGUGUCAGGAACAAGGUGGCUGGAGGGAAAAUGAAGAAACGGAAAGGCCGUUAAUUUCUUUUGUAAAGACUUGAUUUCUGCUUUCUGUCCUGUGAAGAGAGUUGGAGGAGAGAAUGGGACCCCUUCCAGCCGAGUUCCUCAGGCUGAAAUCCAACAGAAUUGUAUCCAGAAUCUGCUCAGCUCACCCAGGGCUCGUCCCCUUUCUGUGUGUGAGAGCACCGUUGCUGCAGCGCUGACGUCAAGACCGUGACUGUUACCGACUUUGGUUCCUUGCUCCUGACAUGAGUCAGGUGUGCUCUGUCACGUCACACAGACCUUUGCUUUUUUCAGCUGCAAGUCAAGGAUGGGGUUGAUGAAGCACUUGGCCUGUAAUUGUAAAGAAAAGGAGCUUUUACAUCUGUAAAAUGGUGAUACGUAAGCAGCCUCAGCUUGUGUUUCAUGAGACCUAAUGGGAAAUAAUAAAUUUAUUAUUUUUAAACGA